CACCACCUUUCGAGUGUCGCUAAGGAGGAAAUGUUCUCAGUUACAAGAUCGCAGUUCGUCAGAUCGCUUGCAGCAAAGAGAUUUGGGUCAACGUUGGCGUUUGUGGAGGCCAAUGGCUCAGAGAUCUCCUCGGCUUCUCUGUCUGCGUUGAACGCUGCAAAGCAGUUGGGCAACCCAGUGGUUGCUGUCCUUCUGGGCUCUGGUUCAAAGUCCGCUGCGUCCCAGUUGAACAAGGUUGAAGGUCUGUCGAAGAUCUUGGUCUCUGAGGAUUCUCAAUUCGAUCACCAGCUGCCUGAGUACAUCGCUCCAGCCAUCUCCCAGCUGAUCUCCAACAACGACUAUUCGCAUUUCGUGACAUCUGCAACUGCGGUGGGCAAAAACGUCCUUCCAAGAGUUGGUGCCCUUCUGGAUGUUCAGCCUGUUAAUGAUAUCAUCAAAGUUGAAGAUCCAACAACUUUCAAGAGACCAAUAUACGCAGGUAACGCCAUUGUUACUGUGAAAUCUAACGAUGCUAAAAUUCUGCUGUCAACACGUUCUACUGCCUUUGAGGCUGUGCCAUUGACAGCAUCUGAAUCUUACCCAGUGGAGGAGUUCACACCAACUUUAGAAAAAUUACCUGUUGAAUGGGUUUCUGAAAACUUGGUGAAAUCUGAGCGUCCAGAGUUGACAUCUGCCAAGAUCGUGGUGUCUGGUGGCCGUGGUCUCAAGAGUAAGGAAAACUUUGAUAAAUACAUCUUCCCAUUGGCUGAUGCCCUCCACGCCGGUGUCGGUGCCACAAGAGCUGCUGUCGAUGCAGGUUACGUGGAUAACUCCCUUCAAGUUGGACAAACUGGUAAAGUGGUUGCCCCAGAUUUGUAUAUCGCUGUCGGUAUCUCUGGUGCAAUUCAGCAUUUAGCUGGUAUGAAGGAUUCAAAGACCAUCGUUGCGAUCAACAAGGAUGAAGAAGCUCCAAUCUUUAACGUGGCAGACUUGGGUCUCGUUGGUGAUUUGUUCGAAGUUGUUCCUGAAUUGACUGAAAAGGUUAAGGCUUAG